AUGUACGGCCAACCGCAACUAAUACCAGGCGUCGUGCGUAAAGCGUCUGUUGCUUUGCCGACGACUCCUCCUUCCUGCAACGUAAACAAAACGAAAACAUGGAAUCCGCAGCCUAGCAUCAUUCCCGGUUCCAUAAGACCAGUGGCGUGCAACACAUCUUUAAAUCAAAGUUCAACAAACAGUGUACCUGCAGUCAUUACUGAGACAACGGCCAGUCCCGAUCAGCUUACCAACAAAGCUGUUGAAGAAAUUCUGCGAGAAACGCGGUUGGGAAAGUUGCGUGCAGAGGAAUAUGGGUCCACCGCUUGGCGUCCGUGCCCUUUGCGAAAAACAAACAAACGGUUUCUCAACCGCACGCUAGUAUCGAUGGUGAACCAUAAUGAUCGCGUAAAACAGAAAACAACGCAUCGUUCUCGGAUUAAGCUAAGCGAACUGGUGCGGAGAGAAGGUGGGGACAAGUGGAAACCAGCAAGUAACUCUUCUAAAACCAAGACACGCGAUUGGAGCAAGGACACAGAUACAUCCUUGGCAGUAAAUAAUCUAAUCGAAGACAGUGACUGA